UUUCUUCCAGUCGACUAUUGACAUUGGCAGCCCAGGAAGAGGCGGAUAGUUGUACACGUGCAACCUGGUAGCUCCAUGCUUGGUGUUUUCUCAUACUCCAUUCUUACGUAUGAGGAACUCGGAUACCCCUGGUAUUCGACCGCCGCCGACGACGACUACGGGGGACAACGCCCCGUUUUCUUCUGCGUGUUCCGGUUGACGAGAAUCUAACAGGGCCAAUUCAUGUGCCACAGACUCAAUUAAUACAGUACAUACAUACAUGGUUAUACCUUUUCCCUUCCUGCUACCUACCUUUUUAACGAAGGCUGUCAAUAAAAAAAAAAUCAUUCCGGCGGCGAAUCCAUCUCAUCAAUCUUUCCCCGCAUUGCGCCAACGAAACCUGUUACCUAAGAAAUCGGUGUUUUGACUAACAGAAAACCCAUCCAGGUCGCCUGGACCUAAUUUACAGCGUUUGGUGAAACCUGGUGCCUUGGUGGGCGGCCCUGCGAGAACGGUUUGUAGCCGUGCCGUAUUGUGCCGGGGAAAGGAAGGAAAGAGCCCAUUGCGCUAUUGAGUCUGCAUCUUGCAUCUCUUCGCCUGUGCGGUUGCGACCCUGGCAGUACCUGAUAGCCCUGGUAGUCCUGGUAGUGAUACCUUGGCUCAUCUUCCGAUUAUGGAUCGAACAACAUCCUCUCCUCUUGUUGGACAUCCAACCCAGCAGCACGUUACCAGCAAACUUAAACGCAGCCCUUCACCCAGCCUACUACGUGACAAUAUGGACCAGCCCGAAAACACCACCACCUCCCCGGACAAAUCUACCCGCUCUUCUUUCUCUUCCGUCCGAGAGGUAGAUUCAGACUUCGCCCAAAGCUUCACCAGUACCAAGGUAUCUUCUUACUCUAAGUUAUCCGAAGAGGUUGUCGACGAUCUGCCAUCGCCCCCGGCAAUGGCAACACAGACGCAAUUUAUUCCACCUGUAACACAACCAAAUAGCAGAUUGCAUGGCUGCUGGUUCCCAGCUGUCGCCGCCGACGGUUUCCAAGGCUGGAAGCAGAUAGGUGUGAAGGGAAGGCAAGCGAGCAAGAGCUACGGAGAUUUGCAAGCCCUAAAAAUUGUUUGGUCGACGCCCGUCACUCCGAUUAAGAAGAAAGACCCGGAACGACCAUCCCCAGGACAGUCGACGAUUGAGAAACUACCCACCGAGAUACUUGGUCAAAUUAUCGAUCACCUUGUUCUUGAUGUUCCACCGAACGGAGUUUCCGCUCGAAAUGUGGAUUUGAUGUCAUUGUUACUAACAUCAAGAACACUCCACUCGGCAACACUUAAUGCGCUUUACAAGAACAUCACGAUUCCACACUCGAGAAUCUUCCGAAAAUUCUUGUCCCACAUCUCACAGAACCAGGAACUUGGAACCAUUGUACGACGGCUAGAUUUCAGCCACUUUAAUCCGACGACGCUAUUCUCGACGGCAAGCGAGCGCGCUACUACCCGCAACUUGACCCCCGAGACUUUAAUGCAAUGCUUGGAACUAACCCCCUUCCUUCGUGAAUUCUUAGCGCAGGAGUACAUCGAAGACGAACUCGAUGCGAAAGUGCUGCGCAAGUUAUUUUUCGGUCUUGAUAGAUUGCAGGGAAUUGAUUUUUGUGGUUGUUCGUCGGGUGCAUUCAAGAAUGCCUUCCAAUCAAUUCUUCUAUCCGACUGGCCGGAAGCGCUCUCGAUCUCUCGCCUAUCGUUACACAAGUGUAUCACUCUUCCGUCUUCUGUGUUCGAGACCUUGCUUCCCCGAUUGGGCAACUUGACACACCUUGAUCUAGCUGGAACCCGUGUUACGAACGCUGCGCUCCAGUCUAUCCCGCACAACGCGAAGAUUACGCACUUGAACCUAUCGAAAUGCAAAUUGCUAACUGCUGAUGCUGUCAUUGACUUUUUGGCGAACCAUCCAGCAGUCAAGGGAUUGGAGCUUUUGAGUCUAGGUGUCGAUGCACGAAGCCACCAGCUUCUAGAUGAGGAUGACUUGACUAAGUUAAUCCCUAUUCUUCCGCAAAGCUUGCGCUCGUUGAGCUUGAAGGGCAGCAAGAUGGCCUCAUCGCACAUUAAUCUACUUCGGCCGUUGACAAAGCAUCUGGAAGAGCUUGCGUUAGGUCGACGGCUGAAGAUUUCCGAUAUCGAUCGACUUUUCAUCCCCGACGAGGAUGAGAGCGGUGAUAUAAACGAGCAGUUGGAAUGGGACCCUCACUCGCUCAAAUACCUGGACCUUUCCGAUUACACCUCCGCCGAGCUGGACCUUAUUACUCUAUUUGGACGAAACACUUCGAUAAUGAAGAAGUUUUCUGCGCCGUUGGAAGUGAUUGAGGUUACCGAUGACUUGUACCCCCGAUUGGCGAAGUCACCUGUUGUGAAGCAGCUAGGAUGGACUGUCACCGAGAAUGGGAGCAGGGCUUGGCUUGUCCGCCUUCACGACCCCGAGGAUGGACCUAGGGAUUCCGGCCUCCGGUAUUGGAAGAUGGGCGCUUCGUUUUGGGGCAUGCGUAAGAUACCCGUCGCUUGUGCUGAAGUUGGUGGCAUGUACGGCUCGUACAUGUUCAAGCGGAAGCUAUAAGCGACACCACCUAUACCACCACCUUUUCUUUUCGUCACCUCGGGCUGUUCGAGUAUAACUAUCUCCGGUUCGAGUACAGCAUAGGGUUUUCUAUCAUCAUUUGAUUUAUUUGUACUAAAGCAUAGCGAUAUGGGUUACCGGUCAGGGUUUACGAUUCUACGGAUGAGAUAUGAACAUCGAAAAGUUUGGUUGCUAUUACAUGCUUGCGGGGACAAUGGUUAGCGAAAGAAAAAGCAUUGUUACAUAGUAAUCAUAGCGUAUAAUAGCGUGUUGUAUCUCAACUUUAUGACUUUUAAUGCAUAAAUUUAUUAAAAUGAG